AACAGGAGGAGAGGGGAAGGGGGAGAGAGUGGAGUUGGUUAAGAAGAACCCUCUCUUUCGUUGCGCAACCACCGACCAUUUUCAUAAAAUUUUUAUUCAACGUGUCUAUGGGAAAAUUGAAAAUGUACGUCAACAAACAGAGACAAGAGGGUGUGAUGUUGAAUUGCGCAUGGCCGUGGUAACGGCGCGUAUUUAAGGGCUGAUCCUUCGAGAAUCUCGUCACUAUCAUCGUAUCCUUGGAUCUUAACACCGGUAUAUCAACCACUUAUCCACCACAAAGUGAUCCAGUGAGUGAUCCAAUAUCUGGAAGGAUCGCCAAACGUCACAGUUUCCAUAACGCUGGUGCAAUAUCUCCCUGUACGUUUUGUGAAACAGGCAACAGAAUGAUGGGUUCAACGAUUGUCAUCCUUUUUUCAAUGACGACCAUGGCAAUAUUCUGCAACAAUGUCUUGGCAGCUCUACCAACUCAAUGUAAUCCUGGUUUCCUUGAUGAUCUUCCUCCAAGGAUCCGCAAAGUCUGUGUCGCACUUUCCAGGAUAUACGAGCUUGGUUCAGAAAUGGAGAGCUACAUUGAUGACAAGCAAAAUCAUAUAACAGGCUUUCACGAGAGCAUCCCGUUAUUAGACAGCGGAGUGAAAAGACAGGACGUCGAUCAUGUAUUUCUGCGCUUUGGAAGACGUCGUUAGAUAAUGCGCAAAUGAUAUUUCGCACAUGAAAAAAUCAAACAGUUCAAUUCAUCGUUCAAGCUAUGAAAAAAUGUCUGCAGAUCCAUUUCGAGAUUCUUAUUCGAUAGAUUCAUAUUGUAUCAAUUUGUGCUUUUUUCUUUUUAUUGUCAGAUAAUUAUUAAAUCUAUUCGUAAUUGAUAAGCGUACAAAAGUAAUGGGUGUCUAAUGAAAUCACGACGAGUCACUUGCGUAUCAUGCGAUUUCUGCCUUUAUUUAAAAAUUAUUUAAAAAAGUUCAUCUUUUCUCUCUUAUAAAUAAAUUCUAUAGUGAAAGCAG